CAGCAUAGCAAUGCUUACUGGGUCCAGCAAUAGAAUGAGAAAUAGUCCAGAUGAUGACAGAUACACUUUUGAAGUGUCUUGGGAGGUGUGCAACAAAGUUGGCGGAAUCAACACCGUGAUCAGAAGCAAGGCUGCUGUUACCGUAGCUGAGCUUGGUGAUAACUACUUUCUACUUGGACCCUAUGUCGAGGAGAAGAUGCGUACAGAGGUGGAGAUAGUAGAGCCAGAUGAUUAUUAUAUUAGAGCUGCUGUAGAGGCUAUGAGAGAUAGAGGUGUUAGGGUCGUUACAGGGAGGUGGCUUAUUGCUGGUAAUCCAUGGGUUAUUCUUUUUGACUUAGGCAGCUCCUGGAAGAGACGUGACGAGUGGAUGAAGGAUUUCUGGAAUGUGUCCCACAUUAGUAUUCCGGACUCGGACAAAGAGACAGUAAACGCAGUUGUGUUCGGAGAGCUGGUUACCUGGUUCCUGGGGGAGUUCAGCUCCAGGAACUCCAGUAAAAGGACGGUAGCUCACUUUCACGAGUGGCAGGCGGGGGUUGGCUGUAUCCUCACUAGAACUAGAGGCCUGGAGAUCGGGACUAUAUUCACGACGCACGCGACUCUACUCGGACGUUAUUUGUGUGCUGGAUCUUCGGAUUUCUAUAAUAACAUGCCUUAUUUUGACUGUGAAGGAGAAGCAAGGAGAAGGGGUAUUCACCACCGAUAUUGUAUGGAGAUGGCAGCUUGCCAUGCCGCCCAUAUUUUCACUACUGUAUCCAGAAUAACACAAGAUGAAUCAGAACAUCUGUUAAAGAGGAGACCUGACCUGAUAACUCCUAACGGUCUCAACGUACACAAAUUUAGUGCUAUACACGAGUUCCAGAACCUACACGCAAUAGCAAAAGAGAAGAUUAAUAACUUUGUUCAAGGUCACUUCUACGGUCACGUGGACUUUGAUCUGGAUAAAACUAUUUACCUGUUCAGCGCUGGAAGAAACGAGUAUUUUAACAAAGGAGUGGAUCUGUUCCUGGAAGGAUUAGCAAAACUGAACUACUUUUUGAAGCGGGAUAAUUGUGAUGUCACUGUCGUUGCGUUCCUUAUAUUCCCGGAGGAAACAAACAAUUACAACAUAGACUCUCUGAACGGCCAGGCUCAGCACAAGAAGCUCAAGGAAAGUGUUGAAAAGAUACAGAAGAGUAUCGGCGACAGAAUCUUCCAGACCGUCCUCAGGGGCCAGCUACCAACAGAGAAACUGUUGACACGAGAUGACGAAGUGCUCCUCAAGAACUACCUCUACCAUUCCAAACCUUCCUCCCUUCCACCUAUCGUCACCCAUAACUUAGUCAACGAAAGGGGCAGUGAAAUAAUGAACCAUAUUAAAAAAGUUCGACUGUUCAACCAUCACGCUGAUAAAGUCAAGGUAAUCUACCACCCAGAGUUCCUCUCGACAACAAGUCCUCUCCUCAACAUAGACUACCCGGAGUUUGUGAGGGGUUGUCAUCUGGGAGUGUUCCCUUCUUACUACGAACCGUGGGGCUACACUCCCGCUGAGUGCACUGUCAUGGGAAUCCCCUCGAUAACGACCAACCUGUCCGGAUUUGGUUGCUUCAUGGCGGAACACAUCGCCGACCCCACAGCUUACGGUAUCUACAUCGUGGACAGAAGGUUCAAAUCACCUGAGGAGAGUGUUGAUCAGCUUGCUAACCAGAUGCUUUGUUUUGCUAAACAGACACGACGACAGAGAAUAAUACAGAGGAACAGAACAGAGCGACUCAGUGACCUCAUGGAUUGGAACAGUCUUGGAAAUUACUAUGUCCGAGCAAGGCACAUGGCACUGAAAGCUCUGGAUGUCACCUACAAUAUACCGACCGUUACCUUGGGAGACAUCAGUGGGGCACUUGAUAACGGACCUGACUACAAGUCCCACUCCCCAAAUAGCUUCCGAUUCCCACGACCUGCCUCGCAGCCCCCUUCUCCCACUCAUUCCAGAAGAAGUAGUGUUAACAUGGACAGUGAUGAAGAAAAUGAGGACAGGCAGAUGAUCAAGAACAUCACCAAAACGUUUGGAGUGGAUGAUGUAAACGGACAGAAUAGGUCACUCGGUGACAUCAUGGACAUCAAACAAGAUGUCUUGUCAGAGGCGAUGACGAAAGUGAAAACGAAGGAGAAUAAGAAAGGACUUCUGAGACAACUCUCAGGUUUAUCAGAAAUUCGACCUGCUCAUGCUGAGGAUGUAUCAUUGAACGCGGUGAACGUACGGAACUCGCUGAUACAGGACGUGAAUAAGGAACUCAUCGAUAAAACUGUAACUAAGGAGAAGAAAAAGUCGCUAUUAAAGGAGGUUGAAGCGCGAGGUGAGCAGAAAGAAAACAAGACGGUCCUCCUGGCAGAGCUGGGGAAACUUGGGAAACUUAAAGAUAGCGUGAUUGGUGACGAGAAUGUAAACCUGGCUAAUGUCCACGUGGAGAAGAAGAAAAAGGACGCUGCAAUGAGCGAGAUCGCACUUAUCGGACGUAGCAAGGAGAUGAAGGAAACAGUCCAGCGGGAACUGACGACCAUAUCACACAUGAGGGAUGCUAAAGCUGGGGCAAUGCAGGAGAUUAGAGACAGGAUUGAUACUAAAGACAAGAAGAAGGUCGUCAUGGAUGAUAUCAGUAAGAUGAAGGUAGUAAAAGACGCCAGGAUGGGUGUUCUCAAUGAUAUACACAAAAUUGGCAGUAUCAACGCAACGGUAUUUUCGAGUGGGAAGGUAUGCGAACCCCUUCCUAAAGUCUAUUCCGGUCAGCUGAGUGUUAUUUCGGAGAUCAACGAGAGAGGACAGAGAAAGGAGGCUAAAAUGGAGGCACUUAAAGAGCUUGUUAUCAAACAUGAUACUAAAAGUAACAAAGCUGCCGCCAUGUCAGAACUGAAGGGCAUCUCUGCAAGCAAGUCCGCGAAAGAAGCUGCAAUGCAGGAGAUCAAAGACAGAGAGACGACCAAAGAUGUGAAGGGAGCAGCCAUGGCUGAGCUCAAGAAAGUAGCUGAUAUUAAGGAGAAGGUUGGAGCUCCUGACCUGCCCAUUGGGGCGGCGGAAAAGAGCGAGGAUGAUGAUCAAAGCGAAAUAUUAGCAAUCGCAGUGAAAAGCAAGGCAAUGAAGGACAUCAAUACUAUUGGUAUACAGAAGGAUACGAAGAGCCAGGCUCUGAAAGAGAUGCUGACAAUUUCCUCUACUAAAGAUACCAAGGAGAGGGUGGUCGGGGAGAUCAGUCAGAUUGGACAGGCAAGAAACGCGAAAGAAGCAGCUCAUCUAGAACUCAGAACACUGACUAACUCAAAGGAAAACAAAGAAAACAUGCAGAACGAACUGAUGAACAAAACCGAUGGAGUUAGACAGAACGUGCUAUCAGAUAUUGAAGCUCGAGGAAAGCAAGCUGAUGAUGAACGGGAAGCACUGUCCCAGUUUGUUGCCGGACAUUCGCAGAGCGUGAAAAUUGCUGGCGCUAGAAUAAAUAUUUUAUCCGACAUUGAAGCUCGUGGUGCAGAGGCCGAUCAAGGGAAACAAAACGUUGCUGCCCUCUUUGAAGGACGAGCUAAACAGAUGAACGUCUUAUCUGAUAUCAAGGAUAUGGGGAAAGAAAAAGAAGAAGGAAUCAAAAAUGUAGAAGCGUUGUUUGCUGCCAAGUCAAGUAAGACAGGUCUGCUGAGCGAUAUCAGACAGAUAAAGGAGGAGAAGGAGCAGGGUAUGGCUAAUGUGGAGGCUCUCCUAGGAGCCAGGGGCUCUAAGUCUGGUGCUAUGGCUGAGAUAAGGCAAAUCAAAGAGGAAAAGGAAAAAGGGAUACAGAAACUGGAGCAAGCACUUGGUAACCGACCCCCCUCAACUUCCGAAUAAUGACAUCAUCUAACAUCUAGACGGUGACGUCAUCUAGACGGUGACGUUAUUGCGACGCUAUGAUGACGUAAUGAUGACGUCACGUUAUGAUGACCCCUCGUACCAAGGACUAUUUUUUAUCUCAGCACAUGGACUACCAUAUUUUACCACAUAUUAUAUUGGCAAAUUUUUACAAAGCUGUCUUGUAGUCAGAAGUACAUCUCAGAAAUAAGUGUCUUUCCUACUGCUUUAAAGUAUAAUUCAUUAAUAUUUUGAUGGAAAGAGUUUGGUAAAAUUUAGUUUAUAAGGUCGUUAUUUUGAGAUUCCGAUAUCAUUGAAGUAGCAGUUAAUAGAUCGUUAAUGCCGAGGAAGUCGACGUGUUAUAGCGAUUCACGAUUUUGGCAGAGAAUAUAAAUUCUCAGUCAAUAUCGUUAAUCGUUUAUUUGCAAGGAGCUGGUAUUAAACUGAACUUUAACAUGAAAUUGUCAGUAAUAGUUUGGUCUAGACUGGUUUCGUCAUGGCGACAUGGCAUCUUACCAAGAUAUCCCAGAUUAGGCUAGAUUACCCAAUACCCAUCAUGCUCUGUUCACUUUCCAGGCUUUCAAUUAAUGGUCCAGAGAUUUGUUUAAUCAAAUUAGCAUCAUUAGCUAAGAACGACCUCACAUUUCCAAGAGAUGGUACCUUGACAGGACAUGCAAAGCAAGUGUGCCAACUUCACCAGUUUAAGUUUACCUAAUCAGGAAGUUGUAAAGUAAUUAUUCCCGACUUCAGACUUCUUCCCCACAGUUUCCCCUCCCUUUGCACCUAAGCCGGCUAGCCCUAUAAAAAAGCGCACUAUUCUCAGUUUUACAAGACUUCCUCUCUCUCUCUCUCUAUCUCUCUCUCUCUCUCCAUCGUUACUUUAACCACUUUAACGCGGUGCUGGUUAAUUCCCCAGAUAUUUAAGUCUCUGCCUGCUCCGAUAGAAAUCAGUAGCUAUCUGGUUACCGUCUGGGAGCGAAUAUUGCUGUUGACUGUGCUCGUACGAUCAAAUCGGGGGGAGCUUUCUGUAGCGGCGGCGGGAGUUGAUUGGCGAUGUCAAUCCUUCGCAGCUCGGCGCGGCCUAGUAGUAUAGUGGUGCAUCGCGCCGAUCUAACGAAGAUCGGCCCAGUAGUGCAUCGCGCUACAACGGCGGGAGUCAUCUUCAUUAAUGGCGAGUUUUAAGGGGUUUUAUUUUUUCGGCUAAAUGAUAUUAUCGUACCUUACAGUUCCAUCCAUCUACUGUUAGUGUUGAGGGUCUGGUGCAUCUUCGAGUGAUGACUAAAGCGCUCGAAAUUUGAACCUCUAUGCUCUAGCGGAUGCGAUGGUUUAUUGGCAUUCCUCCUAGAAUGAAGAGUGUUCAUGCUUCAUGGUAAUAUCAAUAUUCUGAGAUUGGUAGUGUAUAUUCCUUACUUUUUCAGUGCGAUGCAAGUAUAUUCAAACUAUGUUAGUUAUAAAUGCAUACUUUAAUAGCCAAUCAUUAUUGAUAUUUUUUGUAUGUGAAUUUCAGUCUGAAACUUAAUUUUUUUUCUUCAUGUUAGCCAAUUUCUUGAUUGCUUGAAAAAUUUGAUGAGAAAAUCUUAAACUGCAUGGUGUCAAAUAAUGAUAUUCAUCUUGUGCAAAGUUAUCAUUUCUUAUACAGAUUUUGAGAAAA